CUUCUCCCAUUGGAAAGGCUAAGCUCCCCUUGGCCGGCCAGCCAGCCAGCCUGCCUGCCUGCCCUUAUUUAAUUUGAGAAAGAAGAUGAGUGAAACUAGUGCAAAAUCUGGCCAAUCCCUACCUGGCAAAAAAGACAAGGAUGUCUCUGAGAAAAGAGGACGAGGACGGCCCAGGAAGGAGCCUCAGCAAGAAUCCAGUGAACCACCACCACCCAAGAGACCACGUGGCAGACCAAAGGGGAGCAAAAACAAGUCCACUUCAAAGGGAAGGAAAGCUUCUGUAACAACAACUGGGAAGAAACCUCGAGGGCGACCCAAAAAAACAAAAAAGGAUGAAGAAGAAGUCAACAUUUCCCAGGAGUCAUCAGAAGAGGAGCAGUGAAAAGAGCCAACUGAUUCUACCUCACAGUUCAGUUUUCCUAUUUCUUGUCAAGUUCUGGGACUGAGGAAGGAACAAAGCAUCCUCAUCCUUUUCCUGACCCACACCUGCCGAAUGUUCUCGCAGUCUAAACAGCAACACUGGAGUACAGUGUAAAACAAAUCAGCCAUCACUAUUGACGUGUAAUGUUCAAUGGGAGAACCAAGUAUUUUGUUUCCCGUUCUCAUUUGACAGGGUUAACAUUUUAGCCUACCACUUCAUGUAGUUCUAGAUUCUAUCUGGUUUUUGGUCUCUCUCUCUCUCAUUCACUCUUUGGUAUGCUCCUUGUAGAGAAAGGGGUAUAUAUAAAUAUAUCUUUAUAGCAACCACUUAUUCAUGUUGAAAAGAGUGGAAAGCCUGCUUCCCCCCCAACCUUUGCCAAACCAUACCUCUGUAGAGAGACUGUACCACCUUCCAAAGUGAUAUUUGGCACUGGCAGAAAGUUAGGCUAUUGAGGACAAUUGGGAGGAAUUCUUUUUCUGUAAAAUAAGGAUAGCGGGAAAAGCUACAACAUCAAGAAGGAAGAUAUUAAAUGUGCCUAUUGUAAGCUGUUUGAUUGGAUGCUGAUUUCAAAGGAUAAUACAUUGCUUUUUACACUCCAUUUACUGUGGUUCAGGGCUCUCCAAGCAGUAGGGCUAUGCAUUCCUGCUGUAGACAAUGAGGGUGCUUUCCUUUUUCUCACUGACCACACAAAUGUUCCUCCAGUUGUAAUCCCAGUUGCCAAUGUCCAAUUCGGAGCAAUUUACAGGUGGGAACCUGCAACUAAAAGUUCUUUCCCUCAGUGCUCAGCACAAAAAGGACUGUUGGAUCUCCUUUGAAAUUAGACCAGACCUUUCCAAGGCCUGCAGAAAGCAGGAUGACAAUUCCAGUCCAUCUCCACAGUCCCUCUUUGGGUUUGGUGAUUUUUCUGCAUUGGGAAUAGCACAGAGCGUUUUCGCUACAGUUGUCUUUUCAAAACAUGUUGUCUUUCAAGGUUCCCCCCCCCCCCUUUUUCCUUCAUUCAGAACUACCUCUGGGUAAUUUAAGUUUCAUUCUCUUAAAACAUGGAGUUGCUGCUGUUUGUUGCUGCUGCUGUACUGGUUACAAAGUUUUUAUUAUUCCAACAGGUUCUGUCUGGUUUCUGUCUCUGGAACUGAUAUUUUUCACUAUAGAUAAGUUAGUUUGAGUUGACUUUUAAAACUUGUGCUAAUAAAAAGGGAUAAAAGCUUCUA